AUGCUUGCCGCUCGCCGCCUCGGCCGCGACCUCGGGGCCCGGCGCUUCUUCGGCGCCCUGCCGGAGCUGACGGAGUGCUCGACGCUCCCCAACGGCCUGCGCGUCGCGACGGAGCGCACGCCCGCGGAGUGCGAGACCGUGACCCUGGGCGUGUGGAUCGACGCCGGCAGCCGCUACGAGGCGGCGUCGAACAACGGCAGCGCCCACUUCCUGGAGCACAUCGCCUUCAAGGGCACGGCGAAGCGGAGCCAGCGGUCCCUCGAGGUCGAGGUCGAGGACAUGGGCGCGCACCUCAACGCGUACACGUCGCGCGAGCAGACGGUCUACUACGCGAAGCUCUUCAAGGAGGACGUCGGCGCGGGCAUGGAGAUCCUGGGCGACAUCCUCCAGAACUCCCUCCUGGACGCGGGCGCCGUGGAGCGCGAGCGCGAUGUCAUAUUGAGGGAGAUGGAGGAGGUGAACAAGCAGCACGAGGAGCUCAUCUUGGAUUUGCUCCACGAGGCCGCGUACCGCGGCGGCGGCCUGGGCCGCACGAUCUUGGGGCCCGAGGCGAACAUCCGGACCAUCUCGCGCGACGAUUUGGACGCCUACGUGCGGACGCACUACACCGCGCCGCGCAUGGUCGUCGCCGCCGCGGGCAACUUGGACCACGGCGCCGUCGUCGACCUGGCAUCGGAGCACUGGGGCGCGCGGCCGCGGAGCUCCCAGACGACCUUCCCCGCGGACUUCGACGCGGCCGUCUUCACGCCGACGGAGGUGCGGCGGCCCGACGCCGACGAGCCGCGCGCGCACGUCGCGCUCGCGUUUUCCGGCGCGUCGUGGACGUCCAAGUACGCGGUGCCGCUCAUGGUGCUCCAGACGCUGCUGGGCCAGUGGGACCGGCUCAACCCGGCGGCGGGCGGCGCCGGCGGCGCGCCGGGCGCGCUCGCGCGCGUUCUCGCGGCGUCCGACGACUGCCACUCGUACGUGACGUUCAACACGUGCUACAAGGACGGCGGCCUCUUCGGCCUCUACCUCGUGGCGCCGGCGUCGGGCUGCGACGCCGCCGUCGCCGCGACGAUGGGUCACCUCGCCGCGCUCGGCCGCGGCGACCUCAUGGACGACGACGCCGUCGCGCGCGCGAAGGCGCAGCUCAAGGCGAACGUCAUCUCCCAGCUCGACGCGCUCGCCCACGUCUGCGAGGAGAUCGGCCGCCAGUUCCUCACCUACGACCGCCGCGUGCCCCUCGCCGAGCUCCUCGCGCGCGUCGACGCGGUAUCGCCCGAGGACCUCCGCGCCACCGCGCGCGCCUUCCUCGGCGGCCGGGCCCACGCCAUGGCGGCCUACGGCGCCGUCGACAAGCUCCGGCCCUUCGACGCCACGCACGUGAGUAACUUCUGA